CGGAUGUCCGGACGCUGAGGUCGGAUCUGCUGAUCGCGGAGCUUCUCUGUUUUUGAGGGAAGCCUUCGAGCGGCCAAUGGCUGUCGAUAUUCAACCAGCAUGCCUUGGACUUUAUUGUGGGAAGACCCUAUUAUUUAAAAAUGGCUCAACUGAAAUAUAUGGAGAGUGUGGGGUAUGCCCAAGAGGACAGAGAACAAAUGCACAGAAAUAUUGUCAGCCUUGCACAGAGUCUCCAGAACUUUACGAUUGGCUGUAUCUUGGAUUUAUGGCUAUGCUUCCUCUUGUUUUACAUUGGUUCUUCAUCGAGUGGUACUCAGGGAAAAAGAGUUCCAGUGCACUUUUCCAGCAUAUCACUGCAUUAUUUGAAUGCAGCAUGGCAGCUAUUAUCACAUUACUUGUGAGUGACCCGAUUGGUGUUCUUCAUAUCCGUUCAUGUCGAGUACUGAUGCUUUCUGAUUGGUACACAAUGCUUUACAACCCAAGUCCAGAUUAUAUUACCACAGUACACUGUACUCAUGAAGCUGUCUACCCACUAUACACCAUUGUAUUUAUCUAUUAUGCAUUUUGCUUGGUGUUAAUGAUGCUGCUCCGACCUCUUCUGGUAAAGAAGAUUGCUUGUGGGUUAGGGAAAUCUGAUCGAUUUAAAAGUAUUUAUGCUGCACUUUACUUCUUUCCAAUUUUAACUGUACUUCAGGCAGUUGGUGGAGGCCUUUUAUAUUAUGCCUUUCCAUACAUUAUAUUAGUGUUGUCUCUGGUUACUUUGGCUGUGUACAUGUCAGCUUCUGAAAUAGAGAACUGCUAUGAUCUUCUGGUCAGAAAGAAAAGACUUAUUGUUCUCUUCAGCCAUUGGUUACUUCACGCCUAUGGGAUAAUCUCCAUUUCCAGAGUGGAUAAACUAGAGCAAGAUUUACCUCUUUUGGCUUUGGUACCUACACCAGCCCUUUUUUACUUGUUCACUGCAAAAUUUACUGAACCAUCACGGAUACUCUCAGAAGGAGCCAACGGACACUGAAUAUAAAAUGCCAAAAAAACCUCAGAAGUAUUCUUAGUGAAAAAGGAAAGAAAUAAAAAACGUAUUAGUACUCUGCCACACAUGGGAACAAGACUGUCAGUAUAUCUUCAUGUUUUUUUGACUUAACAGACUUUAUGGUUAGACUUGCAAAAUACAAAAUACCAUAAUACUCUCCUUCCUGCUCUUUUUUACACAAGAAGCCUACUAAGAAGCACUCGCCUGUCUCAACAAUUCAUUUAUUUCUUACAGCAAAGUCAUGUUUCUGUGUAUCUAGCAGUGUAUAGCUCUCAUUUUUUUAUUUCAUUUUGAAAAACCUUAAGUGUAAUCUGGAAUCAGCAGCGGCAUAAUUGUGCAUGCCUGUUUAUGUCUGAAUUUGUUUUUCACCUAUAAUGAAUUAUAAACGUGGAGUCUGAUAGCAAACAUGGAAAUAAACUAUGUUGGUUUUUGUUGUCUAUUUAUUUUCACCAAUACAGUAUUUUGAUAUCUUACAAAAAUAGAGCAUAGCUUCUAUAGAACAUGUUUUCUGUUUAGAUACUUUGGUUGGAGACAUGUUCAGAUUAUUGUACCUUUAAAGAAAAAACAUAAUUAAAAGUUUAAUUAUAAAAAACCUCAAAUGUUUUGACAUUUAAUUGUUUCUUGCUGUACUAAUUCUGGAAAAAAUUCAAAAUG